CAACAACUGUCAAUAACCAAAAUUAAGACUGAGCCAGAUUCCUUGCACUUACAACUGAUAUAAACGUUUAAAACAAGAUAUCUGUAAAUAUUAAAAAAAUCUAGUUGAAAGAAUGCCAAAGAAAUUUAAAGGAGAAAAUUCCAAGGCUGCUGUGGCAAAAGCAAGAAAGCAAGAAGUCAGAGACACUGAAAAUGCAAAAAAAGAAAAGGAAAAAGAAGAUGAAUAUUGGAGAGAUGAUGAUAAACAUUGUGCCAAUAAACAAAAAAGAAAGGAAGACAAAGAGAAGAAAAGAGUAGAACAAUUGGAAAAGAAGAAGGAAUUACAGAAACUUCAUGAUGAAGAAAUGGAAGCAAUAAAAGUAAAAAAGCCAGCUACAGUAGACAAAAUAACUAGAACACAGAUUGCUGAACAGUUAGAAAAAGACAGAACAGCAGCUGCAGCUGCAGCAGAGAAGGAGAAAGAAGAAACACAUUUGGAUAAACCAUUAGAGGAAAAUCUAAACAAACUACAGUUAGAGGGUGAAGCAAGGAGUGUUGAAGCUGCUUUAUCUGUUUUAAGUGAAAAAGAAGCUGCAGUUGAUCACCAUCCAGAGAAAAGAAUGAAAGCUGCCUAUAAAAAAUAUGAAGACACUAACAUACCUAUCCUAAAACAGGAAAACCCAAGUAUGAAAUUAUCACAAUUAAAACAUAUGUUGUGGAAAGAUUGGAUGAAGUCACCUGAUAACCCACUCAACCAAUCAGCAGAAUCUUAGCACUACAAAAUGGAAGAAAAGACUUUGUUACAAGGAACCACCAUAACGUUAUACAUGAAACUAUCCACCUGGAUUGAAAUUUCAGACGGAUUAGAACAUGCAAUUAAAAGAUUUUUGUGUUGCAAAUGUCUGGAUAUUAUUGUCAUUGCUUUACUGUUGAUAAAUAAGGAUAUCUCCUGUCAUUGUAUGUGUAAAAAGUAUUGAACUGUUAUGAAUAUUAUAUAUAUUAAUUAAUUGUUAUUCAUGAUAAGAGUAUACAAUGAUCUUAAACAUCGCUAGUUUCAUAGUUUGAAAACAUCUGAUUUUGUCAUUUUUUAUGGGCUUCUUCUUUUUGCAUAUACAUUUGAGUUCAGUACUUUUUAAAUACUUUAAAUAGGUCAUAUUUGGUAGUGCUUACAGUUACAUUUGGCAAAUUUUUCCGAAACACUUUUCUGGAUUUACCUUCAUCAGGAAUGCUCAAAGCCAAACAUUUGAAAUCCAAGGAUGUGUAAGUACUGAAAACAUUAAAGAGCUACAUGUCAAAAAUAUGUAAAAUAAAUAGCCAAAUUCAUUUAGAGUCAACUGAAGUCUUCGUUUCUUAAUAAUUUCAAAAUGUAUAAAUAAGAAGCAUAGGAUCAUUGUUGAAGGUUGUACAGUGUCUGAAAGUUUCUGACAUGCGAGUAAAUUGGUCUUUGGUGGAUAGUGUUUUAUUGGAAAUCCUAUUAUACAUGUAUAUCACUAUUAUAUAUGUUACCAUGCUUUUCUUAAUUUAAUUUGAUAUCUUAUUUUAGGUGUCUUGAGUUAUGCAUUUUGAAUCUCUGACCCUUCUGUAGUUUUAACAUUAAUAAUUUAAAAUGAAAAUAAAGCUACACAUCUUUUGCUCUUGGUGAAGAAAGAACUACUGUCUUCUUUGUUUGUUAAUUGAUCUAUUUAACUUCAAUAUAAUUUGUUGAACACUUUACAAGGGGCAACUACACACAUUGCUGGACAAAAUAUAAAAUCUUAUUGUCAUAAAAGUUAUGAUUGCCUUGUUUUCAUCAAUUAUACCUGCCAAAAAACUGCUAUCAAAUACAUGUCAUAUUUAUCAUAUAUUGAUACAUAAUAGCUCAUUUUGGUGAGGAUAUUUUCAAGUUGUAACAAGCUUGAUCAGUGUGAAGAAAUGUUUAUGUUUACUAUUUUAAGUGCUACUGUUGUGUAUACAUGUUAAGAUAAUGUAUGACUGAAUAAAUUUAACUUGUCUA